GCUGAGCCUAUUCCUGAGAGCGGUGGUCGGGUUGUGUGCCGGGAGAGGGAACGCAGCCAGGUCCCGAGACCCAGGGAGCGAUCUGAGAAUCGGGCUUGAGUGUGGAAGGGUUAACCUGUCUGGCGGGCCCCGUGGCCCCGAAUAAGCGAACGAGGAAUCAGGAACCUCUCCCCAAGACCCGGUGCCAGGCCCUUUCGGUGACGCGGCUGUCGCGCGACGACGCGCUGACGAGCUGCGGCUUCCACGUCUUAGGUUCCGCAAAGGCCUGUGGGAGCGACCCGGGAGCAGGAGGGCAAAGAUGGCGGAGGCGGCAGAGUCUCCUGGAGAGCCGGGUACAACAUCGCCCAGGCCCCUGCUCCGUGCAGUCCUGUUUAUGACGCUCUUUCGCUCCUGGGGAUGUUUGAACAGGGGACAGUAUUUUUAUCGCACCUACAAGCCCAAAGCCGGGACAGUUUGCAGGCCUUUCAGAUAUAUCUAUCUCACAAGACAUCCCUGUGGAAGGAGAAAUCACCAUUCCUAUGAGAUCUCGCAUUCGGGAAUUCGACAGCUCCACAUUAAAUGAAUCAGUUCAGAAUACCAUUAUGCGUGAUCUAAAAGCUGUUGGGAAAAAAUUCAUGCAUGUUUUGUACCCGAGGAAAAGUAAUACUCUCUUGAGAGAUUGGGAUUUAUGGGGCCCCUUGGUCCUUUGUGUGACACUCGCACUAAUGCUUCAAAGAGGCUCUGCAGAUAGUGAAAAUGAUGGAGGGCCCCAGUUUGCAGAAGUGUUUGUCAUUAUCUGGUUUGGUGCAGUUACCAUCACCCUCAACUCAAAACUUCUUGGAGGAAACAUAUCUUUUUUUCAGAGCCUCUGUGUGCUGGGUUAUUGUAUACUUCCCUUGACAGUGGCAUUGCUGGUUUGCCGGCUGGUACUUUUGGCCAAGCCAGGACCAAUAAACUUCAUAGUUCGGCUUUUUGUGGUGAUCAUGAUGUUUGCCUGGUCUAUAGUAGCCUCUACAGCUUUUCUUGCUGACAGCCAGCCUCCAAACCGCAAAGCCCUUGCCGUUUAUCCUGUUUUCUUAUUCUAUUUUGUCAUCAGUUGGAUGAUUCUCACCUUUACUCCUUAAUAAAUCAGGAAAUGGAAAUUAAAAACCAGUGAAUUGAAAGCUCAUCUGAACAAUGUAAUUCCCCAUGGAACUUUGCCUCUGGCUUUAUUUUGUCUAAUUUUAGAGGUAUUUUGUAACUGGCUAUGUGAAAAGAUUACAAGGGAGCCAUAAGCACUGUCACGACUUAUGUAAGGAACUGAUAUUUGAAAGGCUAUUCUUUUUAUCUACUUUUCUCUAUUUCUUUAAAAUACAUGUGCAUAGUACACAUAGUAUAAUGUCUUCUUAAGGCAUGGUAGCGGACACUAUGGUCCAUUUGGGUGACUACCAAUGACUUGGAAAGCACAUGGAUACCUCCUGCAAGUUGAAUAGAUUUGGUAACUGUAUUUUCAAUUUUGAGAAUACUAGUUUAGGUGUAGCUCUUAAACACAUUGUCUUAUGACUUAUUAGAAUAAAUAAAUCUGUACCCAUUUUCUUUUAUUUCUCUCUUAAGUUUAAAAAGACAAUGAUAGAUGGGGUUCAUAGAUAUGGGAGAAGAAAACAUGCAUUAACCUGUAUUCAGGUUUUGAUCAUAGAAAAUUCUGCACCUGUUGCUUUAAAUAAAAGCAAAAGACAAAAA